AACAUCAGUCAAGCAGACCCUACAAGUCACAGGGUCUCUACAGAACUAAGAAUACUGAAAGCAAUCUCACACCCCAGAAUGGAUCCGGUCAUGCAUUUUGUUUCACUUCUAUUGGUAAUCUCUUCUGUAUGUGCAGAAGCAGCUCCACUCUGUCCAGAUCAGGAUCCUGAGCUGGCACCCUGGAACGCUGGGCAUGAUGAAGAUCAACAUAUUGAAAUUGGCAAAGGCAGGAAGCUGCUUCUCUCUUCCUCUGCAACUGUCCACUCGAUCCUCAUCACAGACGGAGGAAAACUGGUAAUUAAAGACAAAACACAGCCUAUCAUUUUGCGAACUCGACAUAUAUUGAUUGAAAAUGGAGGAGAGUUACAUAUUGGCAGUGAGCUGUGUCCAUAUCAAAGUAAUGUGACUAUCAUCUUAUAUGGACGAGCAGAUGAUGGUGUCCAGCCAGACGCUUACUUUGGGCAAAAAUAUAUUGGGGUCGGUGAAGGUGGAACCCUUGAGAUCCAUGGUGAGAAAAAGUUGUCCUGGACUUUUCUCAACAAGACUCUCCACCCUGGUGGCAUGGAAGAAGGCGGCUACUACUUUGAAAGGAGCUGGGGGCAUCGCGGUGUCAUUGUCCAUGUUAUCGAUCCAAAGACAGGGGCAGUCAUCCAUUCAGAUCGGUUCGAUACCUACAAACUGAAAGGGGAGAGUGCCCGUCUGGUCCAGUAUUUGAGAGAGAUUGACAAUGGCAUGAUCCUGUCAGUGGCAGUGAAUGAUGAAGGGUCUAGGAACUUGGAUGACUCAGCCAGGAAAGCAAUGACCAAACUGGGCAGCAAGCAUUUCCUUCAUCUUGGAUUUAGGCAUCCCUGGAGUUUUAUUACAGUAAAAGGAAACCCUUCCUCUUCUGUUGAAGACCACAUUGACUAUCCAGGACACAAAGGAUCAGCUGUGGCCAAAGUAUUCAAACUAUUCCAGGCUGAAAAUGGAGAGCAUUUUAAUGUGUCUUCAACCAGUGAGUGGGUUCAAGAUGUAAAGUGGACAGAGUGGUUUGAGAAGCCCCAAAAGACAAGAUCCAAAGACACAGAGAAACUUUCUGAUCUAAGGGCGGCAAAUCCAAGCAAAAUCUGUAAUCACCCCAUUGAUAUCCAGGCAGUUACACUUUCUGGAGCCAAUUUAACAACUGAGGUUUUCUACAAAAACGGCCACGAUUACAGGUUUCUGUGCCAUGGUCCGAAUCAGACAGACGAAGGCUGCCAAAAUUACCGAGUGCGGUUCCUGUGUGGAAAACCCGUGAGACCAAAGCUUACAGUAACCAUUGAUACCAAUGUGAACAGCACAAUCCUAAGGCUGGCAGAUAAUGCACAAUCAUGGAAGGCUGGAGAUAAACUAGUUGUUGCCAGUACGGAUUAUUCCAUGUAUCAGGCAGAAGAAUUUCAAGUCUUGCCCUGCAGAGCCUGUAGGCCUAACGAGGUCAAAGUAUCAGGGAGAGCAACAUACCUUCAUAUAGGAGAAGUGAUUGACGGAGUGGACAUGAGAGCAGAAGUAGGGCUUCUAAGCCGAAAUAUAGUGGUGAUGGGAGAGGUGGAGAGGCAAUGUUAUGAAUAUAGCAACAGUUUAUGCACCUUCUUCGAUUUUGACACUUUUGGGGGACACAUCAAGAUUGGUCUUGGUUUUAAAGCUGCACAUAUUGAAGGGUUCGAAUUGAAACAUAUGGGCCAACAGACAAUGGGACAUUAUCCAAUUCACUUCCACUUGGCAGGCGAUGUGGAUGAGAAGGGAGGCUACCACCCUCUGACCUAUGUGAAGGAUGUCGCGAUUCACCACACCUUCUCACGCUGUGUCACAGUCCACGGCACCAAUGGCUUGCUGGUCAAGGAUGUUGUCGGCUACAACGCCCUGGGACACUGCUUCUUUACUGAGGAUGGGCCAGAAGAACGCAACACGUUUGAUCACUGCCUUGGACUGCUUGUUAAGCCUAGCACUCUCCUUCCAUCUGACCGAGACAGCAAAAUGUGCAAGCUGAUUACAGAAGGGGCCUACCCAGGGUAUAUCCCCAAACCCAGGCAGGAUUGCAACGCUGUAUCCACUUUCUGGAUGGCCAAUCCUCAUAACAACCUUAUAAACUGUGCAGCUGCAGGAUCCGAAGAAACGGGGUUUUGGUUUGUUUUUCACCAUGUGCCUACGGGGCCCUCCGAAGGAAAAUAUUCUCCGGGCUACUCUGAGCACAUUCCAAUGGGAAAAUUCUACAACAAUCGGGCACAUUCCAACUACCGAGCUGGCAUGAUCAUUGAUAAUGGAGUCAAAACUACACCAGCGUCUGAUAAGGACAAAAGACCUUUUCUGACACUGAUUUCUGGGAGAUACAGUCCACACAAAGACGCAGACCCUUUGAAGCCUAGGGAACCUGCGAUAAUUGAACGCUUUAUUGCGUACAAGAACCAGGACCACGGGGCCUGGCUGAGGGGUGGAGACGUAUGGCUGGAUGACUGCCAGUUUGCUGACAAUGGCAUUGGCCUGACCUUGGCAAGCGGAGGUACUUUCCCACAUGAUGAUGGUUCAAAGCAAGAAAUAAAGAACAGCCUAUUUGUCGGUGAAAGUAAAAACGUGGGAACAGAAACCAUGGACAACCACAUUUGGGGUCCCGGAGGCCUGGAUCACAGUGGAAGGACUCUCCCCAUAGGCCAGAAUUUUCCAAUUCGUGGGAUUCAGUUCUAUGAUGGUCCAAUCAAUGUCCAAAACUGCACGUUUCGCAAGUUUGCUGCAUUGGAUGGUCGUCACACAAGUGCCCUGGCAUUCCGGCUCAACAAUGCCUGGCAGAGUUGCCCCAAUAACAACGUCACCAACAUUAUAUUUGAAGACGUGCCUAUUACCUCACGAGUGUUCUUUGGAGAACCUGGACCCUGGUUCAAUGACCUGAAUAUGGAUGGUGAUAAAACAUCAGUUUUUCAUGAUGUAGAUGGCUCUGUGUCAGAAUAUCCUGGUUCAUACCUUAUAAAAGAAGAUAACUGGUUGAUCAAGCACCCAGACUGUAUUGAUGUGCCAGAUUGGAGAGGUGCCAUCUGCAGUGGGCACUAUGCACAGAUAUACAUCCAGGCCUACAAGUCAGCUACCCUGAGACUGAAAAUAAUCAGAAAUGACUAUCACAACCAUCCUCUCUACCUGGAGGGAGCGUUAAGCAAAAGUUCUCAUUACCAGCAGUAUCAGCCAGUUAUAACACUGCGGAAAGGUUAUACCGUGCAUUGGGACAAGACUGCACCUGAGGAACUAGCUAUAUGGCUCAUCAACUUCAACAAGAAUGACUGGAUCCAGCUAGGCUUGUGUUAUCCUAAAGGGACAACAUUUUCCAUUGUCUCAGAUAUCCACAAUCGCCUCUUGAAGAAAACAUACAAAACGGGGACCUUCUAUAGGACCCAGCAGAUGGACAAAUUGGAGCACCGAUAUCCUACCAAAGGACACUAUUAUUGGGAUGAGGACAGCGGGCUGCUGUUCUUGAAAUUCAAAGCCCAAAAUGAGAAGGAGAAGUUUGCCUUCUGCUCAGUCCAAGGCUGUGAGAGAAUAAGGAUCAAAGCUGUGAUCCCCAAGAAUGCUGGAAUCAGUGACUGUGAAGCUAAGGCCUAUCCAAAAUACACGGAAACGCCAGUAGUUGAUGUGCCAAUGCCUAAGAAGCUCUCUAAUGCAAUACUGAAUAAUAAUGACCAUUUCCUAGAGCUGAAAGUAGAAACCUUCAGGACCAGAUAUUUCCACCUCCGUGAUGAUUUUGCAUACAUUGAGGUUGAUGGCAAGAAGUAUUUCCUCUCUGAUGAUGGUAUCCAAGUAGUUGUGAUUGAUGGCGAGCAUGGAAAAACUGUUGACCGAAUAAGUUUCAAAAACUCUAUUCUCCAGGGAAUCCCAACACAGAUAGACAGUUAUGUCAACAACAUCAAAAACAACUCUAUUGUGGUGAUGGCAUCCAAAGGCAGAUUCAUUUCAAAAGGACCAUGGACCAAAGUGCUGGAAAAACUCGGAGUAGAGAAGGGAUUUAAAUUAAAAGAUAAAAUGGCUUUUGUCGGAUUCAAAGGCAGCUUUCGGCCAGUCUGGGUGAAACUGAUUACCGAGGAGGAUGCAGCUAAAAUCUAUCAAGUUGUGCCAAUCCCCGUAGUGAAGAAAAUGAAAUUAUGAGGCCAGGAUGCUUGGCCUUCCUGCUGUUAGCACUGCCCUGAUAGAAAAGGACUACUGACUCUGCUCACAACAGGCACCCUCCACAGCUCUCCAGAGAUGUAGUACUUCUUUGUUGCUGUACAUGAAGAAAGCUUUAUUGCAAGUGGGUAGAGUGGCCACGUGUGACAAGCAGCAUUCCUUGUGAUGCACAUCUUGUUCGAUCCUGCCCUACUGAUUUGCCUACUGAUACCAGAUUUAUCUUUAUUUUCUAAGCUAAUAUCUGGGGCAAGACUGUUUUCAAAAAGCGUGUUUUGGGGGAAGUGCAUCCUCUGCUUCUGUUCUGCCUUCUACACCCCUUGUGAACCUCCAGGUCUGAAUGCCAAAUCUAACGGCCAUGCACGGCUUGGAAUUUCCCCAUGGGACUGAUUGCAUCCGCUCUCUGCUGCUUUUGAGAGCACAAUCAGCUGCUCGUACAAAACUGGGAAUGCAAAUUCAGAGGCUGGUUGAAAAUUUGGAAUGGAAGGCACAAAUCGGUAAAAGCUGCAGCAUAUGGCCAAACAAGGAGCAUUUAUUUGAAAGCUUCUACACUAUUCUGUCAAACUAGUGCAGAAUCCUGGGAUUACAUGGCACAUGUUGAAUCUUCAGGGAGCUAUCUCAUUUCAGUGAAUGGUAUGUAGAGGGGAAAGAAAGAGCAUAGGAGAGAUUGAUCACAUUGUGAUGCCUUGGGCUUCACCCAGACCAAUAAAGGGCUAGGUCACCCUGUAAGCCUGGGUGCUUCCGUGCUAUACAGCUAUGGCUGAGGCCUGUCACCAGCAGCCUACUCAGUGAUCUCACCUAGCUUGCACCUGCCUGAUUACUCUUUACAGGGUGACACAAUAGCCUCUUUGGUCCCAAGCUUACCCAAAUCAGUCUCCCCCACAGCGCUCAGCCUCUCUGCCUGUAGCAGUCACCAAACCUUAUCAAGUUUGCUGCUCCUUUGGAGACCAUAAUGCCAGCCUGGUAGUUUGGUUAAGGAUUUUUCUCUUCAAUUUGAAAUGCUGCGCUGAGAAUGGGGCGAAAUGAAACAAGGUGAAGGUUAUGAACAAAGAAGUGAUAUUUAAGUGAUACUAAGUAGGCAGAAUUGGAACUUUUAACAUGACUACAGACAAACAAAAGUGAAAAGAUGCAUCUAAGCCUAAAGCCUAACUUAAACUAGAGCCUCUUGUUCAAAGUAGAUUUCUCAUCACAUUUGUUCUUCUAGCAUAGCUCACAGUUCUUAGCCCCAAAUGAAGACAGAGCUCCAAGCGCUUCAUUUCUUCAGAUGAAGGAUGCUAAAUAGCUCAUAUUCUUGAAGUUUUAUCUUUGUUUUCAAAGUCAGGAAGCCCUCUUGGGGGCUCAGUUUGCUGUAUCCACCCAGGAGCUGACACCAUGUUCAUUUUUUGCUGUCUCCUCUCCCUAUCAUAAUUGGCUAUCCCCUCAACUUGCUAGUUGGAUGGUGUUGUUUACCUUUUGUGUAAAUGUACUCCCGUUGUCUCCCUUUGAUCAGUUUACACUGGAGACACAUUCGUGCAGGCAAGGCAAUAGAAUGGAUUGACUUAUGCUGUACCUGCUGAGCACAUUUUAAGAACUUAGGAAAUAUAUUUUCAUACAUCAUGCAGCCAAGCACCAGCAAUAAUAUUAAUGACCAACUUGUGACCAGUUUGCAUAUGAACUUUUACACCUUUUAGAUACAGAUUAUAACAACAGUAAAUUGGGGCACACUGAGCUGGUUAGGCCAGCUGAAAUUCACUGCUAGGAACCAGGGCACUCCUUGCUCUCUCGUGUUGGAGUGCUUUUAGGGUCACACACAUCCAAAUAUGGCCAUCAUGGGACCUGCCAUUUCUGCUCAUUUGCUUAACCAACAACUGACAUUUUCCGAUGUAUUUAUACUUCAAAAUAGGUAUUGUCAGAUCUUGUGUUUUCUCUGGGCAAGCUGCCACAGACUGGUAGAGAAGACUUGACACUUCACUUUUAUUCUGUCUGUCCCACACAUUCCUUCAAAGAUAAAUCUUCAGAGCCAAGGGGCUCGGUGGUAGCAUAUCAUGUAGGCACAGAGAGGCUCUCUCGUUUGGGUCUCUUGUUUUCAGGCAGGGAAUGCUGGGGAGUCAUCUUACUCCAUCCUUAAUCAAGGGGGAGGCUUCAACAUCAUACUUCCAGUGCAAUCGAGGGGAACAGUAUCAGGCCCAGUGUGUUGUGUCUGGCUUGCUUGUAGUCUAUUCUUGCCAUGGGAGUGUGUUUAAUAAGCUCCAAAGGGAGCUAGAUCUCCGCUGGAAGGCAGGUCACUAAGGGGUGGGGGCUUUGAGGUCACGUGGAAGGGAUAAAGAGUAAACGUUGAUCCCAGAAGACACAUCUCCUCCCAGAUAAUGUAAACUUACACAUUUUCUGCUCCCUUUCCUUCAAAACAUACGGAUCUAAUUUUUUUUAAAAAAGGAUGAGCAAAGUUGAGUGUAAACCAGAGCUGCUUGCCAGCACACUUAACCUUACAAAAACACUGUCUGUUCCAAUGGGCACACUAGGCAUUGCUGUGUGUUUCCCAAAGAUGUCAAGCAAAUGUAUCAAGUGGCUUCUGUUAUUUGGGUAACUUAAAAAAAAAUCUCUAAGUAGGCAAAUUGUCAAUAUGCCAGAAUAGCUGUUUCCCUUCCCUCUGUCAUUCCCCAGGGGGAAAAAAAAUCCAUUGUUUGUUUCUUUUUAAAUAGAUUUCCCCCUCCCC